AUGGCCCGGGCCGGCGGCGCCCAGCACCUGCCGGCGGAGGCAGCCGCGGAGCCGGCGGAGAGCUACCAGAUGCGGCAGGAGAACGAGCUCCAGGUGCUGGAGUCCAUUUACGGGCAGGACUUCCAGGAUCUGCGGCAGAGCCAGGCCUGGAAGGUACGGCAGCCUCCAGAAAUUACUUUGGUUCUGCGUCCUCAGGGACUGACUGGAGAUCAUGAAGUGUAUGCCAGGGUGGAUCUGUGGGUCAAGUGUCCACACACUUACCCUGACACUGUCCCUGAAAUACAGCUCAGGAAUUCCAAAGGCUUGUCGAAUGAGAAAAUCAAUGAGUUGAAAUCCAGACUAGCUGAACUAGCAAAGCAGCGCUGCGGAGAGGUGAUGAUAUUUGAACUUGCUGACCAUGUGCAGUCAUUUCUCAGUGAGCACAACAAGCCACCUCCCAAGUCUUUCCAUGAAGAAAUGCUGAAAAACCAUCAAAAAGAACAAGAAAGGCUGGCUCAGGAGGAGCUGCAGAGGGCACAGGAGGUUAGGAGAAGAGAGGAGCAGGAGCAACGAGAAAUCCUUAAUGAGAUUCAGAGGAGGGAAGAAGAGAAAAGAGAAGAAAGGAAAAAGAAGGAGAUUGCCAAGCAGGAACGUUUGGAAAUAGCUGCCUUGACAAGUCAAGAACAUUCCCAGAGGAGAGAGACUGCAGGGCAUAGAGCUGCUUCCAGCUUAAAUGGGAGCUGUGUGGAGCAUGGAGUGAGCAAUAAGCACCGGCCAAAUUCAGCUGGACGUUCAAAGCGAGAACGGCAGCUUUCCACAGGCAGUAACAAGGAGGCCUCAGGGAACCAUGAGGUUUUGAACUUCAGCACCGCUGGUGCUGGACUUCUCACUGUCCAUAAAGGAAAAUGUCUGGGCAAGGAUGAACAUCUUGGUAAAUCAGUCUACAAUGCCUUGGAAAUUCGCAGUGGAGACUUCGUUUUGAUAUAUGAGUGGGUUCUGCACUGGCAAAAGAAGAUGGGAAGGUGCUUGACAACACAUGAAAGAGAAAAGAUUGAGAAGUGUAAGAAGCAGCUUCAGGGGGCAGAGACAGAGUUCAGCUCCCUGACCAAGCUGAGCCACCCCAACAUAGUACACUAUAAAAGCCUGACCCUUCAGGAGCAGGAGGAGUCCAUCGUGGUGCACAUGCUGGUGGAGCAUGUCGGUGGCUGCAGCCUCGCUGCCUACCUAGACAAGGAGGCUCCAGUCCCAAUCGAGCAGCUGCGCCAUUACGCCACCCAGAUCCUGUCGGCUCUCGACUACCUGCACAGCAAUUCGGUGGUGCACAAGGUCCUGGGUGCUGCCAGCGUGCUGGUGGAUGCUGAAGGGAGCGUCAAGGUGACAGACUACAGCAUCUCCAAGCGCCUGGCUGACAUCUGCAAGGCAGACGUGUUUGAGCAGCCCAAGGUGCGCUUCAGCGAGGACCUGCUGCCCAGCAAGCCUGGCAAGAAGGGAGAUGUCUGGAGCCUGGGGCUGCUGCUGCUUGCGCUCAGCCAGGGCCAAGCAGCCAAGGAAUAUCCAGUUACUGUCCCUGCCAGUUUGCCUGCUGACUUCCAGGAUUUCCUGGAGAAAUGUGUUUGCUUGGAGGACAAAGCAAGAUGGACUCCUCAGCAGCUGUUACAGCACAGCUUUGUGAACAUUGCACGGAUGAAAAUCCCUGUGGCUGAGGAAAAUCUAGAUGACUCAGCAGGCAUGGAUUGCAUUGAGACUGUGGUGCCCAGCAGCCAGGUCCCUGGCACUUCCUUCUGCUUAGAAACACAGCGGCAGUUUUCCCGCUACUACAAUGAGUUCGAAGAGCUGCAGUUGCUUGGCAAGGGGGCUUUUGGAGCAGUCAUCAAGGUGCAGAACAAGCUGGACGGCUGCUACUACGCGGUGAAGCGCAUCCGCGUCAGCCCUGCCAGCAAGCAGUUCCGCAGGAUCAAGGGGGAGGUGACGCUGCUGUCCCGCCUCAACCACGAGAACAUCGUCAGGUACUACAAUGCCUGGAUAGAGAGGCACCAGAGCCCUGUGCCUGCGCUGCCCGUGUCCGACACGGCCGAGGAGAAGAGAAUGGCUGCCAGAGCUGGGCUGCUCAGCCUGGCUGCCCAGCAGCCACAUGCCCGGGAGGCUGACGUGCCGCCCCCAGUCCUGACCAGCUCUGUCGAGUGGAGCACCUCCUGCGAGCGCUCCUCCAGCAGCAAGUUCAGUGCAGCUGCCCAGGAGUCCAGUGACGAGGAGGACGAUGGCGACGGGGUAUUCGCACAUUCCUUUCUGCCAACCACAGAUUCUGACAGUGAAAUCAUUUUUGAUAAUGAGGAUGAGAACAGUAAAGCUCACACUCCAGAUGAAGAAGGCAAUGAGAAGAGCAGCCAUGGAGGAGAGGACAGGACAGCAGUUAUCCAGACAGUGCACUACCUGUACAUUCAGAUGGAGUACUGUGAGAAGAGCACGCUGAGGGACACCAUUGACCAGGGGCUGUGUGAGGACACCAGUCGGCUGUGGAGGCUUUUCAGAGAGAUCUUAGAUGGCUUAGCUUACAUCCACGAGAAGGGAAUGAUCCACAGAGACCUGAAGCCUGUGAACAUUUUUUUAGAUUCAGGUGAUCAUGUCAAGAUUGGUGAUUUUGGUUUAGCCACAGAUCAUCCAGCAAAUGCAGUGGUCUCUAAACAAGAGGAAAAUCACUCAGAUAGUUCUGCUAUGUCUGACCCAUCAGGUAACUUGACAGGGAUGGUUGGCACCGCACUCUAUGUCAGCCCAGAGGUCCAAGGAAGCACCAAGUCUACCUACAAUCAGAAAGUGGACCUGUUCAGCCUGGGUAUCAUAUUCUUUGAAAUGUCUUACCACCCCAUGAGCACUGCAUCAGAGAGGAUAUUUGUUCUUGGUCAGCUCAGACUGCCUACUAUUGUCUUUCCUAAAGACUUUGAUGAAGUCAAGCAUGCCAAGCAGAGAACAGUUAUUACCUGGCUCCUGAAACACGACCCUGCAGCACGACCAACAGCUGUGGAGCUGUUGAAAAGUGAACAUCUUCCACCACCACAAAUGGAGGAGUCUGAACUCCAUGAAGUACUGCACCACACCUUGGCAAACGUGGAUGGGAAGGCCUACAGAACCAUGAUGAGUCAGAUCUUUUCCCAGCGUAUCUCUCCAGCUAUAGACUAUACCUAUGACAGUGAUAUGCUGAAGGGUAGUUUUUCUAUUUGGGCAGCCAAGAUACAGCAGCAUGUUUGUGAGAUUGUCAGCCGGAUAUUUAAAAGACACGGAGCCAUCAAGCUGAACACUCCACUGCUGAUGCCCAGGAACAAGAAACUCUAUGAACACAACGAGGCCUCCUACCUCAUGGAUCCCAGCGGGAUGCUGGUGAUGCUUCCUUAUGACCUCAGAAUUCCUUUUGCAAGAUUCAUAGCUAGAAACAACAUCUCCAACUUGAAAAGGUACUGCAUAGAGCGAGUGUUCAGACCCCGGAAGCUAGACCGCUGCCAUCCCAAAGAGCUCCUGGAGUGUGCAUUUGACAUCAUUACCUCGACUGGAAAUAGCUUCUUGCCUGUAGCAGAAACAAUUUAUGCCAUUUCAGAGAUCAUUCAGGAGUUUUCAGUGCUACAGGAAAGGAAUUACAGUAUUUAUUUGAACCACACUGCCAUACUGAAAGCCAUACUUCUGCACUGUGGGAUACCAGAGGAUAAGCUCAAUCAAGUCUACAUCAUUUUGUACGAUGCUGUGACUGAAAAGAUGACUAAAAGAGAAGUAGAAGCCAAAUUCUGCAAUCUUUCUCUCACAUCGAACAGUCUUUCUCGCCUCUACAGAUUCAUUGAGCAGAAGGGAGAGGCCAGUAAUGUGUUCCAAUUCUUAAACUCUAUGAUCAAACAAAAGCCAGGUGUCACUCAGCUGCUGAAGCAUGGCAUGAAGGAUUUGGAGGAGAUCAUCCAUCUCUUAAAGCAGUUUGGAAUAAAGCUCCAGGUCUCCAUCAACCUGGGGCUGGUGUACAAGAUCCAGCAGCACAAUGGCAUCAUCUUCCAGUUCAUCGCCUACAUCAAGCGGAGGCAGAGAACUGUGCCCGAAAUUCUGGCAGCAGGGGGCAGAUAUGACCACCUGAUUCCACAGUUCAGAGGGCCGCAGGCGGUCGGACCGGUGCCUUCAGCUGUUGGAGUCAGCAUAGCUAUAGAUAAAAUCACUGCAGCUGUUUCCAGUGGGGAGGACUCUGUUUCUGUCAGCUCAUGUGACCUGCUGGUCGUAAGUGCUGGCCAGCUGUCAAUGGGCAGAGCUAUCAAUAUUGUUCAGAAGCUCUGGACUGCAGGAAUUCCAGCUGAGAUCAUGUAUGACUGGUCCCAGUCCCAGGAAGAGCUGCAGGAGUACUGCAGAUGUUCUGGGAUUACCUAUGUGGCUCUUGUGUCAGAUAAAGAAGGGAGCCACGUGAAGGUGAAGUCCUUUGAGAAAGACAGACAGACGGAGAAAAGGAUUCUAGAAUCUGACUUAGUGGAACACCUGAUCCAGAAACUGAAAACCAAGAUCUGUGAUGAAAGGUGCAGCAGAGAAAACUCAGACAGCCUUUCAGUACCAAAUCAAAAGGGAUCAUUUACUAAUAUUUCAGGUGUGUUUGAACCCCAUGGAACUGUCGUGGUGCCUAAUGUUAGUGUGAUAGCUCCAGAGAAGUUGUCUGCCAGUGCCCGGCGGCGUCAGGAGAUCCAGGUGCAAACAAGACUGCAGACAUUCCUUUCUGGGCUGCAGCAGAGAACCAGUGAGAUCGAGGUCUUAGCAGUUGAUCUGCCUAAAGCAGCGGUGAUGCACUUCCUGUCCUUAGAGCUUGAAGGAGACAGACAAGCCUUUGAUGCUACUGUGAGACAGCUGAUGUCACGAUGGCCAAAGCAGAGGUUUUCCUACUUGCAAGCAAUCUGUGAUGAGAUCUACACCAUCAAGAUGGAAAGGAGGGUUCCUGCACUCAUCCUGUACAGCUACCGUGACGAGUACAAGGUCCUGGUUUAGUGCCUGAAGCACCUCACAUGGGGUGCCUCCACCAAGUGUUCAUCAAAAGCUAACACUGCAAGGCAGGCAACUGCUGCCUCUUGACAUGUCCAGAUUGAGUUUCAUGUGCAAUACAAACUGCACAUGGCUGUCCAAAAGCAGAGAGAAAUAUUUUGUGGGCAAGGAAAGUGCAAGGCUGCCUCCAGCUCUGCAUGGUCAGGCAAUACCUCCCCUCUGACAGAGGGCAGCAGCUGGGCAGCUCAGACCUGUCCCAGUGUCAGAAGGCCUUUGAUGUCAACCUGCAGCAGCAGUGCCAGGAGAAACUCGAUUGCAGGGC